ACUUGAUGCCGAUGAGAUUCUUGCAUCUAUACUCUCUUCUUUCUCCAAGAGCAGUAUGCUGAAGUGUCUAGCAUUCAUGCCUUUUUAGCCUGAUCCCUAUGUCGAUCAGACGCUGGAUUGCGCUAAGCUCCCGCAGCCGACGAGCUUCAACGCGCUUCUACCGGGUAAACCCCUCUUCCGCCGAUGCUUCUGCAGUAUCCCGACCUCAAUAUACUUUAUUAGGGCAGGAUUUCGGCGGAGAGGAGACAUUAAUCUUCCGACGGACGGAUUUUAUUCGCGCCACUAUGGGUAUAAUACAGGGACGGCCCCUCAUGGGUUACCGCGAGCCUGGUCUUCAACACUCCUUCUUGGCUCCUCCAACGCAAGGCACCUUUUCUAGAAGCAAUUGUGCCUUGAUCAGGUCUCUUAGCAAAUCUUGGCAGUUACCUCUGUGGUUGAUAGCUCUGAGAAGACCAGAAGACCUUCUCUGCCCCACUUGGAAGCACCCAGCAUGCGCACCUCGUUGCUCGCCCUGAACCUGGCUUUUGCCGGCGGCCUCGCGCGCCCUCAAGGCUGGCAAGCCAAAGACUUCAAGACCUUGGUUGCAUUUGGAGACAGCUACACGGAUGAAAACAGGCUAGGUUACUUCAUCAACCACGACGGAUCCGCGCCUCCCGUUGGAUGGGACCAGCCAGUGGGCCUAAAAACCGCCAGCGGUGGCUUAUCCUGGGCCCGCUACGCUUCCAUCUACUCCAAGACAUCCCUCUACAACUAUGCCGUCAGCGGCGCCGUCUGCUCCAACCAAGUCACGCCGCGCUACUUCUCCGCCAUCAACGCACCCUUCCCCGACAUCGCAGGUUACGAGCUUCCCGCCUUCGUCGCAGACUCCAAGUACAAGUCCCCAAACGGCACCGCCUUCUUCAGUGGCAAGUCCCGCGACACCGCCUACACUAUCUGGAUCGGCACCAAUGAUCUCGGAAACGAUGCUUUUCUUACCGACAGCCAGGCCAAAGGGAAGACGCUGAAGGACUACACCGACUGCGUGUACGACACCGUAGGAAAGCUGUACAAGAAUGGCGGGCGCUACUUCGUCCUCAUGAACCUCGCACCUCUCCAGAUCCUCCCGCAAUACGCCACCCCUGAAAACGGCGGCGUAAACGCAACGCGCUACUACGCGGACAAAGGCCCCAACAUUACCGAAAUCAGCUGGCGCAUGUACGAGGCCGUCACCACCGUCAACGAAGUCUUCCGCUAUCGCACGCCCUUCGAGACCGACGUCGCCGACGCCUGGCCGGGGAUCAAGAUCGCCAACUUCGAUGUCAAUGCGCUGAUGACGGAUAUCUGGAACCAUCCGGCUGACUACCUCAAUGGCACAGCUCCCUUGAAUGUCACGGGAUGGAUCAACCGCUGCACGUUGGACGGAACCAACUGCGUGGAGCAGCCGAGCAAGGAUAGCUAUGAGUGGUAUGAUGAGCUGCAUCCGAGUGAGCAGACGAGCAGGGUUGUGGCGAGGGAGUUUGUGAACGUGCUGGGUGGGGAGAGCAAGUGGGCUACGUACUGGGGUUGAUUCAGCUGCAGCAGAGCCGGUAGGAUGGACGAGGAGCGUGUCGCCCAGCAGGACAAAAGGUACAUAAUUCUGUAGAAGAAGUGGAAGAUAACGGGAGAAGCGUGUAAAAAGAAGGGCCCGAU